AUGAAGCAAAGCUCUCCCACAAAAGUAGAGCUUCUCCAGGCGGAGCUGGAUGAUGAUUCCGAAAGCUUCGUUCGCCUACUAGUAGAUGGCAAGCUCAUCAAAUAUGUAAUCAUCGCUCCCGGGUUAUUCUCCGUCGAAGACAUGGCAUUUGGCCCAUCUCUCAUCACCCUCCUACCACCAUUCCCACAAAGAGACUGGAACGAAGGCCUCGUGGAGAAAGACCCGCACACCGGGAAUCCCCAUUUUGCGCGAUAUACCCGGAAAGAAUUUCCCGGGGUGAAGCACUUGUGGCACGGCAGAUUCGUGGAUUAUAUCGACCUGAAAAUUGGAAAAAAGCUUACAUCGGGAGUCUACGAGGUCACUUCAUCGAAGCUCGACAAAGCUGCCGUUGCGAAAUUCGCGCGGUUUGACUGGGAGAUCCAGUACAUGGAGAACGAGACUACGGCAUACGAGUGGAUUCAGGGCAGCGGCGUGGGACCGGAGUUCCUAGGCCAUAUCACGGAGGAAGGACGGGUGAUUGGAUUUCUGAUUGAACGGAUUGAUUACUCGCACCGCGUGGGACCGGGGGAUUUAACUGCUUGUCAGAAUGCUUUGGCGAAGCUGCAUAGCUUGGGAAUCAUGCAUGGCGAUGUCAAUAGGUACAACUUCCUCAUUUUGGCGGGCGGAGAAACGGCGACGCUUAUUGAUUUCGAAACUGCGCGGAAGUGUGAUGAUGAAGAUUUGCUUAGGAAGGAGUUUGAGGAGUUGUUGGAGAGCUUGCUGGAUAUGUCUGGGAGAGGGAAAGGAUGUCUACCCGCGGUGAAUUAA